CUGGAAAUGUGAAUUUCUCUUGGAGAUUAGAAUAAGAGAGGAAAAAAAUGUGCAGCAUUCUGACCGAGAUGCCUCUGCCUGACUUCAGGAGUGGACAAGAGGAGAAGGCAGAGGAUGCAGUAAUGUAAAUGUCUCCAAUGGAGAUACAACUGCGACCGAGAAUUUGGCAGCUGGUCAUUUUGUGGCUUUGGUUUGAGCGAGCACUGCAGGAUGUGGCUACAGGCACAAAUCCAAACAGCCCAUCGGUUUUUGAUGCAGACCUGAUGUUUGAGUUUUUGUUGGGUGGGGUGGAACUCAACCAGGACAACAAUAUUGUCCUCCUGGAUGAGGAGAUGGCAUCAAUGAGGCCGGGUCGGUCCUUCCUGACUCACAUCAAUGACAACAUUCCCAGAAGUCUGAGCUCCAUGGAGCAGAUGGUGACCACGCUGAAGACUCAGCGGAGGCGGCUGCUGACUCAGGAUCAGUUUGAGAGUCUGGUCCUGAGCAUGGUGCUCACGGCCCACCGGACCUGGCAGCAGCAGAGAGGUGAGGAUCGUGAGGCCUGGGGUGGAGUGCUCCUGCAGCUGGCAAACGUCACAGUGCAUGAACUACGUGGAAGCUAUCUCUUCAAUUAUACAUAA